GACUCAGUUGACUCUCUUCCUGGCAGUGUUUCUUUUAAGCUCCAACACAUGAAGCAGAUAUUAACUUUGGCAGACGUUUCCUAAUUAUGAUCAGGAGAUCACCGUGAGUUCUAUUGGUUUAAACAGAUCCAAGUGAUGGGAUUCACUGAGCAUGUUUCCCCAUGGGUUUCUAUCACCUGGAUAGUUUCAGCAGUCUUCAUAUCUGUCAGUCGGGCAAUGGAGCUGCACACUGUUCCCCAGGUGAUAGCACAAUGUGGAGAAAACGUGACACUGACCUGUGAGGCAAGACAAUCAAGAUCCAUGGACAUUAAAGUAUUUUCAUGGGUGUUUAAAAACAGGAUAAUGUGUGAAUAUGAAAAUGGUCUUCCUCAACAUAAGGGUCAAUGUGAAAACAGUCCCCAAAACACACUCAAGCUGACUCUCACCAACGUGAUGCCAGUCGACAUGGGAAAGUACCUCUGCAAGAUACGCUCCACUGUUGGAGGAAAGAGUUCCCCUACACAUGUGAUAGUACAAGAAUGCACCGCAAGUCGAAACUACUCCAUCAAUAGUACUCAGGCUACGUGUUGGUUCAGUUGCCAUUUCCCCCUCUGCAACGUCCACUGGUCCCAAGGAGACUUAAACUUAACAGACUCUGCCAGAACAGAGAUCCAGAUGGACCAGUAUGAAAGGCAAUUUGUCGUGAGCACAAUCGAUUUGGAGCCAAAACAUCUCACUCAGUCUUAUCAAUGCCGUCUGUGGCCACCUUCUGACAUCAACCGUCUCUCCUUUCAAACACUGACGCUGACUUCAACAGGACACAUGUUCACACUGCAGUGGAUCUGUGCAAUGGUGGAGAUCCUUCUGUUGACAUUUCUAACUUAGAAACCAAUGUACAGCUAGAAUACGUGCUUUCAUUGGUUGUUGUUUUUUUAUAUGGAAAAGUAGUCAAAUAAAGCACUUAAAUGCACAGUACGGAAAUUCUACCAUCAGGGGGCUCUCUAUCAAAAUGAUAACAACAGAUUACGUCCAGGCUGGCAGGGAAUCAUGCGAGUGAUUUUCUCUGCUACUCCAACCCAACGCCCGAUGAAAACGAACUCUGCAUUGACCGCAGUCAAGACGAAUGGGCAGGAGAGACCCGAGGAAGAGAAUAUGUUUACCGAUGAGCAAAAUGUUUCACAGCAGCACUUACAGAAACAGCAUGGCAGCUUUCAGUAGUAGUUCCUGCCUCCUUAUAUCUGGUGUAUAUACAGUAUAUAUAUAUAACAAAAGGUUUCAGCUUUUUUUUAAAUUAAUUUAGAUAUUUUAGAGUGAAAUUCUAAUAACAUUCUACAUAUUGUACUUUUAAUACUUAAUCAAAACACAGGCUGAACUUGGGCUGUAAAGCUGCCAUCAUGUGGGUAAGCUUUCUUUUUAACAUGCCUUGUUACUUGUCGUGUAUUUGAAGCCUAGUCGCAGCUUGUUUUCUCUGCAGAGUCAAAAGUCUGUUCAUUUUUGUCCUUCAAAGCCCCCUAAAUAUUUUUUGAGAGCAUGCUUUGGCUUCCACUUCCACUUGAUGGCAGCAUUGCAUUUGCAGUAUCAUACACAUGCCCGUUAAUAUUCUCAACAUGACUGUUCAUUUUGUGUGGAGAGAACACUUUGCCUGCAUAGAUACUGUUCAGCUCUCCUUACAAAUACAUUUAAAUAUCAACUA